CGGUUAAAUGUGCGUUUUACCGCUAGCGUCAGAAACCAAUGCUCUGGCACAGCUUAUCGCCUCCCGAAGCGUUGGGAGUCCCAACGCAUCGGAAACAAAUGCUUUGUCACCCAUCGUCAUUUUCCAACGCUUCGGGUGUGAAGAUGCGUUGCGUGAGUCCAGCAAGGAGCAUGGCGGCGAGUACUGGCUCGCAGCGAAGCUCCCAAGUGAAUCGAUCCGUUCCGUGCCGUUGAUGCUUCCAGAGUGAAGUAGGGUCUAGUGGUCAUAACUUAGAGAAAACGUAUAAACUAUUAAACUUAAAAGAUGCUGAAGGACAAUGAUCCAAAAAACAAUCAUUCAUUCCAAGUGUCUUAUAUCCAUGACAAUGGAGGGAGAUUUUGAUGGUUCAGGGUCAAUCAUUACUUGGGCAUAUGUUGGUCAUACAGAGGAAAUAUACCUUAAAUGAGCUUUUGGGGACCUUACAAUGGUUUUAGGCUUUAAAACAAAGGUUGCAUUUGUGAAAACAAGACUAAACUAUCUAUAAGAAACUGUAGUCAUUGAAGUUGUGGUCCUUUAGAAUGAAAACAUUUGUAAUUUAGCAUAUUUUCCUCAGUCAAGUGAAGGCUUAGUUUUCUUUACAUGACUUUAUGUGUUGGCCUGGUUUUGUUGGGUACCUGUGAGCUGUGCAGAAGGCAGCUGCCUGCCUUCUGACAGAAGAGGAACAACGCCAUCACGUCAAACCUGCCCAGGGCCAGCCCGCAUUCUCUUCCAGUCUACUUCAGAACCCAUUUAGGGAUCUCAUUACUUGUUUUUGAGUCCUAAUGCUAUAUCACCUACUGACUUGUUUGAACUUUUAUACCCCCACACCCCAGCCAGAGCACUGAGGUCUACAAAUCAAUUACUUUUGCACAUUCUUAGAUCCAGGUUCAAAAAUAGAGAUGCCAGACCUCUUUUUGGUGAUGGCCCAUGAUCUGUGGAACAGUCUACGUUUUCUCAUCAAAGCCGCCAGAACCCUUGAUCCUUUGUAGUCAACGAUGAAAUCCCAUUUAUUUUCACUAACCCUUUGUCCUGGAUGAGCAGAAUACAUUGCUUUUAUUGUGCAUACACAGUUACUUUUAUUUCUUUCUAUUUUGUACACUUGUAUAUUAAAGCCGUAUCAAUUGUUAUAGUUUUUUUUUGCUGAUUUAGCAAUUGUUGCUUUUAUAUUUUAUAGCUUGACUUGAUCUUGUGCCCUUUUAGCCCAAACAAUCACUGAGCUCACAAAAUAAUGCAAACCUCUGGAUUAAAGGAAAUGUAGAUUAUAAAGUAACAUAAUCCUCUGUGUUUUCUUCUCUCCCUUUCAUCCAGCCUGUGAGCUGAUGAACCGUGGUAUUCUGGCUCUCGUCAGCUCAAUCGGCUGCAUGUCGGCAAGCAGUCUUCAAACCCUGGCUGAUGCCAUGCACAUCCCCCACCUCUACAUUCAGCGCUCCCCAGUGGGAACACCCCGGUCAGCCUGCCCGCCCACCAGCCGCAUUCAAGGAGCAGAUGACUACACCCUAAUGGUCCGCCCACCUGUGUACCUCAACGAGGUCAUCAUGCAGGUGGUGUCUGAGUACAGCUGGCAGAAGUUUGUCCUCUUCUAUGAUUCCGAUUUUGACAUACGAGGCAUCGAGGAUUUCCUGGACCGUACUUCACAACACGGAAUGGAUGUGUCCCUUCAGAAGGUGGAAUCUAAUAUCAACAUGAUGAUCACGAGUCUGUUCAGGACAAUGCGUGUGGAGGAGCUGCACCGCUACAGAGACACGCUACGAAGAGCAGUGCUGUUCAUGAGCCCUGCUACCGCCAAGGCUUUCAUCACUGAGGUUGUGGAGACAAACCUGGUUGCCUUCGAUUGUCACUGGAUCCUGAUUAAUGAGGAGAUCUCAGACUAUGACUUACAGGAGUUAGUCAUGAAGUCAAUCGGUCGGCUCACCUUGGUACGCCAAAUGUUUCCAAUGCCCCAAAAUACAACUCAGCGCUGCGUGAAACACAACCACAGGAUCAACACUUCCCUCUGCGACCCCAAAAACGCCAAGGCUCAGCAGCUGGAGAUCACCAACCGCUACAUCUAUGACACCGUGUUGCUGCUGGCAAACACCUUCCACAAAAAGCUGGAGGACAGGAAGUGGCACAGCAUGGCCAGUCUGAGCUGCAUCAGGAAGAACUCCAAACCAUGGCAAGGAGGGAAGAGCAUGCUGGAAACUGUCAAACAGUUCGGAGUGAGCGGCCUAACCAGCUUCCUGGAGUUCACUGACAAUGGCACUAACCCCAAUAUCUUCUUUGAAAUCCUGGGAACAAAUUAUGGAGAAGACAGGGGACGUGGCGUCAGCAGGCUGGCCACAUGGGACCCAGUUCACGGAUUGAAUGGCACUUUGACAGACAGGAAAUUGGAAAAUAACAUGAGGGGAGUUGUUUUACGAGUCGUCACUGUUCUGGAGGAGCCAUUUGUAAUGGUGUCUGAGAAUGUGUUGGGAAAACCAAAGAAGUACCAGGGCUUCUCCAUCGACGUUUUGGAUGCUCUGGCCAACUACUUGGGCUUUAAGUAUGAGAUCUACGUGGCUCCAGACCACAAAUAUGGCAGUUUGCAGUCCGACGGUCAGUGGAAUGGACUCAUGGGAGAACUGGUUUUUAAGCGAGCUGAUGUGGGACUUUCCGCUUUGACCAUUACGCCUGAGCGGGAGAGCGUUGUAGACUUCACCACGCGCUACAUGGAUUAUUCUGUGGGCGUUCUGCUGCGCAAGGCCGAACGCACAGUGGACAUGUUUGCCUGCUUGGCACCCUUUGACCUGUCACUGUGGGCGUGCAUCGCAGGCACCGUGCUCCUCGUGGGCAUCCUGGUGUACUUGCUCAGCUGGCUCAACCCACCACGACUACCCAUGGGCUCCGUGUCUUCAACCACACUCUACAAUUCCAUGUGGUUUGUGUACGGCUCCUUUCUGCAGCAAGGUGGAGAAGUUCCCUACACCACCCUUGCCACUCGGAUGAUGAUGGGCGUUUGGUGGAUGUUCGCUCUCAUCGUAAUCUCUUCAUACACUGCUAAUCUAGCGGCGUUUCUCACCAUCUCACGCAUUGAGAACUCCAUCCAGUCUCUGCAAGACUUAUCCAAGCAGACGGAGUUACCAUAUGGGACAGUGUUGGACUCUGCAGUAUAUGAUCAGGUGCGCUCAAAGGCUAUGAAUCCCUUUGAGAGAGAUCCUAUGUACUCCCAAAUGUGGCGGAUGAUUAAUCGCACUGGAGGAGCAGAUAAUAAUGUUGAAGAUUCACGAGAAGGCGUCCGAAAGGUGAAAUAUGGACGAUUUGGCUUCGUGUGGGACGCAGCGGUGCUGGAAUAUGUCGCCAAUAAUGACGAGGAUUGUUCCUUUUACACCGUAAGCAGCAGCGCACCAGAUCGUGGAUAUGGCAUCGCCAUGCAGCAUGGCAGCCCCUACAGAGACAUUUUCUCCCAAAGAAUCCUGGAACUCCAGCAGAAUGGUGACAUGGAUAUCCUAAAACUAAAGUGGUGGCCCAAGGACAGCCCGUGUGACCUCUACAGCUCAGACCAGACGCGGCAACGUGGCAAUGCCCUUGAUAUCCACAGUUUUGCCGGAGUUUUCUGUGUCCUGGCAGCUGGCGUGGUGCUCUCCUGCCUCAUUGCAAUGGUGGAGAGUUGGUGGUCACGACGGAAGGGAUCCAGAGUCCCCUCCAAGGAGGACGAUAAGGAGAUCGACCUGGAGCACCUACACCGCCGGGUUAACAGCUUGUGCACCGAGGAUGAGAGCCCCCACAAGCAAUUCUCCACCUCUUCCGUCGAUUUAACCCCCCUGGAUAUGGAUGCACUGCCUGCUGCCCGCCAGGCCCUGGAGCAGAUCAGCGAUUUCCGCAACACCCACAUCACCACCACCACCUUCAUCCCCGAGCAGAUCCAGACCCUAAGCCGUAGCCUCUCUGCCAAAGCCGCCGCUGGGUUUUCUUCAGGUUUCGGUGGUGGCAGCGGUCUGCAGGACCACCGAACUGGUGGGGUUGGUCCCUUCAGACAAAGGGCCCCCAAUGGUGGAUUCUUCCGCAGCCCCAUCAAAACAAUGUCCUCCAUCCCCUACCAGCCAACAGGUCCAGGACCCAACUUUGGAUAUGGCAAUGAUCCAGACAGGGGCACCUCCAUAUGAGGUGUUGCUAUGGAUGUAGGUGGUUCAGGAAGUAGGAAUAGUUGGAUCAGAAUGGGGGGAGGAGGGCGUACAAGUCAUGUGAUGGUUGAACAAAUAGGAUAAAAAUCUAUGUAAAGAGGAUUUUCUUCUGUUCUUAGUUUCUGCCUGGGUGUCCAUCGGGGGUUAUUUUGUAUGUGAAGAAAACAAAGGAGGUGGAGGUCUGUUGGGGCACUCUUCAUCCUCCUGCAAAGCGUACUGGUGAGGAGCAGGAAGGGAAGUCACUGGGAGGGAUGGCGGGUGGGAUAGGGUGUAAUCUCUGCUUUAUUGUUGUUGUUCUUGUGAUUGUUUGGGAAAUUAUUUUGGGAGUUAGUCUAAAAGAAGACCCUUUUUACAUUGAUGUUUUAUGAGGACUAUCACGUUUAGUGAAAAAUGGCUGAAACGACCUGAUUUCCUUCUACUGUUUGAGCAGUUCUGGUUGAAUGAGCCCAACACCAGAAAAGACGUUAUCCAUAUCAGCUACAGACCUGUCGUCAGUGAAGGAUUAGUUGUGACUUUAGCCAUGAAACCACUUCCAGGGACUCGGAACUACAAGCAAUGACCAGACAGUAAUAUAACGAAGGCAAAUGUUGCCUUUAGUUCUGCUUCUUGCAACACAAAGGGUUCUGAAAAGGUCAUGGAUAUUGAAGAUUAUGUUUCUCCAAUAUAACUUCGCCUUUUCACUCUUUGGGAGUAUAUGUUCCUUUAUUUUUUGUCUUCUAGUGUUUUGUUUUUGUCUUUUUUUUCUGUACUUUGGGUUUAAAUGUGUGAUCAUCUCCAAGAUGAUGCCCACACAGUGACCUGACCAGACUUAAGACUUUGCAGCUAAGCCCACAGUGAUGCGCUGGUCCGAAAACUGCUGAAAUGCCAUGACAGUGGAAGAAAACGUCACUGUAAAAUCACCAGUUUGGUGCAUCAGUCUUAAACUACUUCUGCCAUUUUGGUGCAUCGGCCUGAAACUGUUUUCACCACUUUGAUGCACAUUAAACUCUGUUGAUCCCUCUGCACUGUACCAGUGCCCACAGACCUGUAAGUGAUUGUACGUAGCUCUUACCUUUUCUUUUCUCACUUGUAUUGUGCUCUCUGCUUUUCGAGUCAAGGUGAGAUCCUCCAGCCAGACUCCCAGAAGUGUGGUAAACGUGGACAUUUAAAAAAAAGCAGCUGAAAGAUUUACAAAACAUAAAAGACAAGCUGAAAGACUUCACGGAGCUCAUGCUUGUUCAUGUCUUUUAUUGGGUUUUGUUCUGAGAAAAAAAAUUUAAUCCGCGGAAUGUGUUUUGGUCAGGAAGUACAAAAAUAACAUUGUUCUGAGCUGUCUAGUUGUUCUUUUUCUUUAAAUAUUAUUUACAGAAAACUGAAAAAAACUGCUAAACAAGUGAUGUAGUCUCUGGUUUUGCAUCAUCUAGUUAUAACAUUUGAUUUCCUCUCUGUUUCUCUUACUUUUAGUGCUCCCACGCCCACGUUGUUUAUAGGAAACAAGCUCAUUCUGGAAUCUCACAUGACAUUCAAGUUCAUUAAUCGUUUCUUAUCGGGUGAAAUUAGAUAGAAUUGGUGUUGAGGAAAAGCCAUUGCAGGAACAUUUUCAGUUUGAGCCCUAAAUCAGCUGACUGUACCCUCCCAACUUAACCCGAAACAUGUCCGUGUGCUGGGGUUAAGGCAAUGCUUUAAAGAGAUAGUGGUCAUUAAAAUCCAACAGGUCCAAGAUACACCUCUAAUUCCUAUCUCUCUUGUUAAAGGUACUAUUUAUGUAACUUUUUAAAGUGCCGAUGAAUUAAAAUCAAACCAUUAAGGUGCAUUUUUGGUUAAGGAAUGGUGGUGGUACUCUCUGAGGGGGUUGGUAUAAUAGUCAAGGUUUUUUUUUUUGUUCCACUAACACUGUAUUAAUAAUUGAUAAUGUCAAUUGUUUAGAACAAGUUUUCAGUUUGCUAUUUUGAAGCUAAAACUGCAAAUUGUUCCGUGUGUAGAGAAUUCAGUCGAGCCACAGUGUUUUGAAGCAAACGUUUUUAGGGUUUCUUUCAUUAUAAUAGGUUACAGUCAGGCUACUGAAUGGUAAAUAGGACACAUGCAUUUAAAAAGUUAUUUAGUAUAAAUAAAGAGACAUUAUAAAAAUGUAUAUUUUACAUGUUGAUGCUAUUUUUGUUUAACAAAAAGAGAAGACUAUAUCAUGUUGAGCUUUAGUCUGGGAUUGAGGAGUCACGUCAACGCCUUUGGUUUUCUCCCCAUCCCGCCCAUGGUAAACACAUUUACACUAAUCGUUUGCUUUAUUUUUUAAGUCAUUCUGAGUUUUUUUAUUAUGUUUUAUUCUUUUAUUUUGGCUAAAUAACAAAAUCUGGCAAGUUCACGAAAAAGAAAGCAUGCACAAACUUGCUGUCUAGCUAUCUGUUAACAUUUUUAAUUUCUUACAUAGAACUACAAGAUUUACUUAAUAAUUUUCAAAGGUUUAUGAUGUACAGUAUUUAAUAUAGGCCUAUUUUGUUGUAUGUGUUGCAUAAUAUUCAAAAACCGAACAAACUUGGGCCUCUGUUACAAGUGGCAAAGCUUUCUGUGUAUAAUUUGUCUAAUAAACAGGUUUUCUACAGUGGGA